AAAAUGAGUUAUCGAUAAAUGCGUAUUGAACUCUCCAUCCCUGGCAACUACGCAUUUUGGAAGAACUCUUUUUUCUGGACAAUAAGAAUAUAAAUACGAUAAUUGACUACAACGAUGGAUACCGAAAUUGUUUACGACCAAUUCAUUCUUGCGGAUAAUGAUGAUGAAUUAUUGCUUAUUUACGACGAUGAAGUGAAUUUAGAUGAGGAGCACCUUCUAAUCUAUGAGGAUGUCUGGAAGAGCGAAGAGGUAAUGACUCUAGAUGGGAAUUUAGCCAACAUCGAAGACUACGCAGUUUUGCUGGAAGUAAUGGACACUCCUACCAUACACUUCGCCUCUGGGAGCGAUGAAGAAAUGACUCCAGAAGAGAAUUUGGGAGACUUCGUUUCAGCGGAUGCACUUGUCACUUCCACAACAGACGUGGCAGAUUUGGAAGAACUCACGGUCUAUAUUCCCGAAGAGAUCACAUUCGCAGAUACAGGAUUCUUUGCAGAGCAGGACGACAACUUGGAGGCAUACGACUUCACCUACACGGUGAUCGCGUCUGAGAGUUUUAGCCAUUCUCCUGGAGAAUUGACCGAAGUGACAGAGCUUAUACGCUAUCUCAGCCAGGACUUGCUCUUCCAGGCAUACUCGCCGCCAUCGAUCCCCAGCUUGCAUACCGAGCAUUGUCCUCGUCACGACAAAAACUCACAGAACGUCUUCUGGUCCGACAUGGAGGAAGUGUCCUGCAUCCUGUUGCAUUCGGCGGCCGCCUAUAUGGAACCACCCGCUUAUGUCGACGACGCCACGGUGAGUUUUAUUGCCAAGGGUCUCUCCUUGGCCAAGAGUUUCACGACUGAGGAGCCCGAUUCCCUAAGCGCACGGCAGAGCAUUGGUCGCCUGGUGGCCGCCAUUGUGAUGGACAGAGAGUCGGGCGUCGUAAUGGCAUACGCCGUGAUCCACCUCGUUCCCCAGGUUAUGAGUGACGACAGCACGGGCGAGUUGUUGGGCAUGAUGCUCCAUAACGUCAUUCGUGGAUUCGCCAUCAACGAACACUUCCGUCGCAUAAUUAUCGAAAACAGCCGCCAUUUCCUUUUGGUGGCGAACCAAAUUCCAAACUAAUAGUUUCCUUGGUUCGAACGAUUCAAUUUUAAAUCUUUUCUCAUUUUAUUUGGAGCAUUUAAGAAGCAUUUGAGCAUUUAAGAGGCUGACAAAAAAACGAAAAGAUAUAUAUGAUCAGUAAUAAAUAACUAUUAUUCUAUCUUUUAAAGUGCCUGCCAAAUUAUUUUAAUUUAAAUGAAAAACGUAUUCAGGCUUUGUUUUAGAAUGUUAUUAAAGAACUUGUAACAAUAAAUAGUUCUGUGGCUUUGAAAUAAACUCAUUGUACAAGAAAAACGAAGUAAAGCCAAUAUUUUAAUUUUUAUAUUCUGAAAACGAAAUGUUUACUUUAAUAUGUGGCUUGCAUACAAUUAUAUGUUUAUAUUUAUCAGUCUUGCUGUAUGUACAGAUCAUAAGAGCAUGAUUAAAUUUAAUUUUUACUUACCAUAAGAAUCGGUCAUUUUAUUUUAGUUACACGACAAUGGAAAGUCUUCGUUAAGUUAUUCAAUUGUAUUAUUUUAUUGUAUGUAAUGCAAUAAAUUUGUCAGUUAAAGUUCACAUAGUUCUUAGUUUCGUUUACAUAUUUAUAUGUGUAAGUAUUUUUGUUAUUAGUCGGUACUUAACAAUAAACUUUGCUAUAUCAUGAGUA